CCCCGGGAGGAGAAAAAUAUGGAUUGGUUUCAAGGCUCCUCAGAAGUCAGCGGGCAUAGUAGCCAUCAUCGUCGGAAACACCACGACUCCAAGCAUGAAUCCGCCCGCUCGAUUUUCGGCUCCGGCAGCCCUAGACACAAUUCCUCACGCUCUUCAUUCUUAGGAUUCAGCACCGGUCGCUCCUCAUCCUCUUACUAUAAGCGCUCCCCCCGCGAUGGGUACCUGCGCAAGCUCUACUCGAAGCUGCGCCGUCUGCUGCGCGAUCUGAUGUACUACCUGAAGAAGAACCCCGUCAAGGUCUUCAUGCUGGUCAUCAUGCCGCUGUUGACCGGCGGCGCCUUGACGGGCCUGCUGGCCAAGUUCGGUAUUAGGAUGCCCGCGGGUUUGACCAAGCUGUUUGGGAGUGGUGCGGCUCGUGGCGCUAUGGAUUUGGGGAGGAGUGGCGCUGCCAUGGGUGGCUUGGGAAGCUUGGCUGCUGGUAUGGGCGGUGUGGCUGGUCUGGCUAAGAUGUUUGUUUGAGCUGUGUUGAGGGAGUUGAAAACUGCGAGGGUUUGAACGGGAAACAAGCGAUGUGACGAG